AUGGGAAAAGCAGCUACACCGGAAUUGAAAAGAUAUAUGGAUAAGCGACUUUCGCUUCAGCUCAACGGUAAUCGACGAGUGACCGGUGUUCUUCGCGGCUACGAUCCUUUCAUGAACAUCGUUUUGGACGAAGCGAUCGAAGAAAUUAGUGCAACAGAAAAACACAACAUUGGCAUGGUGGUUAUUCGCGGUAACAGCAUUGCCUUGAUGGAAGCUUUGGAACGCAUUUAA